UCUGGCUUGGGGACCGGUCUCUGCCUGCGCGUGCGCGUUGCGAACCUUCCCCUACGCUGUUUUGUGCUUCAACAUGGAAUUCCGCUCGGCUCGGGGAGCCGUCCUGCAGCUGCUGCGUACGGUGGCUCCGGCAGACCUCCCAGCGCUGAUUGAGUGGAUGCGAACUACCCGAGAUUUUGAUGAAUUCACUCAAGACAAUAAUGACAUUAUGUUGAAAAACAUAGCAGAGGACCUUCGGAAUUGCUUACCUCUUGACACAAUGCUGUCCUCAGAACAUCUAUCCCUCCGAAAAAUAGAGCAGCAGCCAGAACCCACAGUUCACGUUGAUGCAUUCCUUUAUGAUGAAGACUUUAUUGAUUCAUUAUGUGAGGAAGGAAAAAUGAGCAGAAACUACUGUAUGGUGUGUGGCUCACAUCAGACUGCACCUUUAGGAUUUAUUUCUCAUUCCUUCUCCCUCGUGGAAUUGAAGUUCAUUUAUCAUCAUGUACUCCCUGAUCUGUCGGGAAAAGUCUUGGUUGACGUUGGCUCCAGGCUUGGCACAGUCCUUUAUGGGGGUUAUCUUUACAGUUCAGCACUGCAGCUAUAUGGAGUAGAAUUGAAUGGAGACUUUUGCCAAUUGCAGGAAAUGGUCAUAAAAAAAUACCAGUUUACUGACAGAGUAAAGGUGCUUCAUGCAGACAUCUGUACCCAGGGUUCACUUCUGCAAAAUGCUGAUGUUAUUAUAAUGAAUAAUGUCUUCGAAUAUUUUCUUGAUGAAGCAGAACAGGCCAGAGCCUGGGAAUGUAUCAGCCAUAAUGUAAGGAAACAAGGAUCGUUAUUAGUAACAGUACCAAGUCUUGAAGAUUCUCUUUCACGCCUGCAGAUGAAUAUACAAUUAUCUUCCUGGGUUGAAGAGGUAACACUGAACUAUGAUGUAUACCCAGAAGAGCAUAUUGACAGAGAAGCUCUUGAACAAAUUCAUUUGUAUAAGAUUCUAUAACAUAAAAUAGUCCUACCUCAGCAUAAUGUUUUGUUGAAUAUAUUACAAAUUAAUAAAAAAGAAACAUCACCCCAAUACCUGGACACCUACUUCUGUAUAUUUCUUUCUAGACUUAUAUAUAUGUUUACAUAUUUGUAAAGAUGUAUAUGUACAUAUACAUAGUUGUGUAUAUGUAUAUGUACAUAUACAUAGUUGUGUAUAGACACAUAGUUGUGUCUAUAUACAACUUUUUCUGUGAUAAUUUAAUUAAAAUAUUUAUCUGAA